GAGAGAGCUAAAAAGUUGUUAGCAAAGGCGUCCGUGCGGUGGUUGAGGGCUUGCAGCCUGUCACGCGUGAACUUACGUAGCACACAUCUGGCUCUCUGUGAUGGAGGGGUCGCCAGUCACCACCUGAGCCUGGGGCCCGCAGCACCGCCCGCCGGUUGCUUUGAAGAGGUUUGGUUGGUUUUGAAGGCUUUGUAGAAGGAGGUAACAUCGUGUUUUUGCCGGAGGGUUGAAUGAAUUGAUAACAUCUGUCACCUGCUCGCACCUGCGCAGAUUUAAGAGCUCAAAGCUGGGACAAUGGUGUGCAUUCCUUGUAUCGUCAUUCCCAUUCUGCUCUGGAUCUACAAAAAAUUCUUGGAGCCAUACAUAUACCCGCUGAUUUCCCCUUUUGUUAGCCGCAUAUGGCCCAGAAAGGCUGUGCAAGAAUCCAGUGAUAACGGGAGAGUGGACUGUAAGGGCACAGACACAAAUGGAUUACCAACGAAAGGACCAACGGAAAUCCCUGAUAAAAAGAAAGACUGAAGUGACUUUCCCCACGGGAUCUCAGUUUCGCACAUGGACGUGAUAAUAUGAAGCACCUUCUUCAUGACUGUCUCUGACCUUUUUCUCUGAGCCCAGAACUCAGGCUGGCUGGUUUAGGUAUCCCCUGUACCAAGCAGGGAAUAUGUGGUAUUUAUACUUAAAAUGUACUUAGUUAUAGUUAAUGACCGCAUUCCUGAGUUCCUUUUUCAUUAAUGUAGAUUUCCAUUCCUAUUAUUGCACUUUUAAUAAUAUGAAUAAAUAGAAGGUUUGUGCCAGCAGAUACUUAGAUGUUGCUAAGUCAGUCCUUAACAGCCCUGACCCUCUCUAGCGUUCAUUCAUGUGAAUGACCGAUGUGUGCUCUCAUUUCUUUGGGCGCCUCUAGUCUGAGCAGAGUAAAUUUUUACUGGGAAACAGUGCGGGGGAUAAAGCUGUGAAAGAAAGAAAGAAUGACUUUCCAACGCAGUGAAGCAGUCUAUCCAUGAGAGUAGUGAUUGCUCUGUAAUGCUCUGAGGAAGACAGAAGAGACAGGGACAUAGAGAAAACCUGAUUGAUGAAUGGAACAUCUUUUAUUUAAGCAUCUGAUGUAUGUUGUAAAAUUCCAGUCCUUGCAUUCCUUCUAUUCCUACAAAUGUAUUAAAUAUUCUGUUUAACUUGC